UUACGAGCAGUGCCAUGUGACUUUACAAUGGAGCAGAUCGUCGCUUUAAACAUAAAUAACAGAAGAGCAAAGUCGCAGUAGGAUCUGCUUGAACCAACCAGCUUUUUAGUGUCAGUCCUGUGGUCUCCAGCAUGGGCAGACUGGACGACGCUGCCAAGCGCAAGGUGGUGGAACUGCGGGAAGCAGGUUUGAGCUUCCGUAAGAUCAAAGCCGUGCUGGAGCUGGAGAACAUCAAGGUGUCUGCGCAGGCCAUCUACCUUUUCCUGAAGGAGUUUCAGGGCAGAGCUCGAAAGGAGGACGGAGCAGCUGCGAACAGCAGUCGUUCGGUGCCGAUGUCAGCGAGGGAGGUGGGCAGCUCUGAGACACGGCCGGCGGGCUGGAGCGAUCAGCAGCUGAGGAACCUCCUCAGAGAAGCUUCUCGAGUCGCUGCCUCCCAGCAGGCUGGGGCGUCCUCGGAUGGGAGAGGAGGACAGUCGUCCGGGACGGGUUCGGCAGGCAUAAGAGAGGCACAAGGUGGGGAAAAAGAUGAGGAUAUCCGGAUUGUCAGCGUCACCUCGUUGGCACAGGGUACACAGCACGCUGGCGUCCAAGGGCCACGUUCAGGAGUGGGAACCGGAGCGAUGAGUGGUGCUAAUUAUGUAAGACGACGACACACGCCUUCACCUGCCAAUCCUGUGCUAGUGGCUCGCAAACGACUGCUGGAUAAGGCUUUGCUCCAUAGAGCACGGAUCAGAGACAGCGUUCCUCAGAGCGGCCAGCAGGUGUCGCUGUCAAUGAGACGAGACCCAUCUUGUUUCUCUGGAUCUGAAGGCAGAAAGCUUGCCUUACCUCAGACAUCUUCUUAUGACCUGACUACAGCCAGACCUCCAAACAUAAGAUCGUUGCAACAAGGAGCCAGUCCUCACAGGAGGUGGAUGCACCAGCGAGUUGGCGCUCCCGUUCGCGCUCCUCAACACCCUCCACGUGUCGGCAUCCGCCUUCCCGACCCAUCCACCACUGGAACGACGUCCCAAAAUCCAGCCCCCCCUGCACGGGUUCAAAACGUGACCAACCAGCCCUCACCUCCUCCCCAGCGGAGCGGCCUGGACCCUGGAGCCUUGAGCGGCCUGCAGGAGCAGAUCCAGCUGUUGGGCUCCGAGCUGAGAAGUUUGGGACUGGCGUUGAGGAUGAUGGUGGACCAUCAGGGCCGACUGGAGAGAGAACAAGCCCAGCAGACUCAAGUCCAGAAGCAGAUCCUCAGCACCCUGCAAGAUCUCGCAUCCAAAUUCGAGCCUCUGCAGUCCACAUCUGCACCAGCGUUACCAGUGUCUUGUUCCCUGGCCUCCUCUGCACCCUUUGGCCAGACUGCGACCGGUCAGGGCGCUUACGCUCAGUGCAGCCAAGCUCAGACACGAUACAACGAAAUCCAUGAUUCUGGUCUAGAGAGCAUUGAGGUGUUUUCUCUAGACCAGCUCAGCCCACCCAGCAUGAAUGGGUUUCAGCAGUGCCCAACCUCCGGGGGGCCCCCGUUCACCCACACACAAGCACGCACGCCGACAUUCACGCAAACCCACACUCAAACAUUUGCACCUCAGUACACACAGCCGCACACAGCCUCCUUUACGGGGAUGGAUAAUAAAUCAGUAGACAUGUCCUCCACCAGUGCAGACGGGUCAUUCCAGGCCUGUAGCCCCCAUAACCAGUCCUCUAGUCUUCCGGUUUCGCCACACGAGCCCGAGCUGAACAUCAUUAAGGUGGAGAACGUCUAAGAAAUGGCUAAAAUUUGGUCUUCACGGUCCAAAUACUUUGGGCUACAGUGUAUUUUAUUGUACACAACUGUUUUAGCUUUCCAGAGAUGGAAACUCGUACUAAGUAAAAAAAAGUU